GUUGUUAAUUCAAAGUAACUAAAAUAUGUAUUUUUUGGUAAUAUCGUUUUGUUGACGUCACAUGUAGUCGCCGAAGAAGUGGUUUACGUCAUCAAGAUGCACCGCGGCUUGUCGGCUGUUGUCUGACUGCGGGACGGCGGAGAAAAGUCACCAAAACGCACUCGAAGAGAAUAAAUCCAAUGUUUUAAUUAAUGUAAGGUGACGUGUUUGGGGAGCAGGGGGGUGCUACCAUGCUGGCUCUGGGGGGGCUCCGCCUCCUGCGGCUGCCCGCCAGAGCUGCCUGUGGCGCGGCGUUCCUCAGGAAGUCUUCGCCUUCGGCCACUCACUCUGACAGCUCGGCGCAACGCCGGCUGUCCUCUGGUGACGCCGCUUCUGGAUGGUACCAUCAGGUGUCGCACUCGGCCCCCGUGCACCUGGCCGAAGACUUCCUGGUCCACGUCCAGCAGAGCAGCGGUCUGCCAUGGUGGCUCAGCAUCGUCGUCGGCACGCUGUCAGUAAGGACGCUCGUGACGCUGCCACUCGCCGCCUACCAGCUCGUCAUUCUUGGCAAGGUGGAGGCGCUCCAGGCGGAGAUUGCGGCGCUGGCUAAGAGGCUCCGGUACGAGGUGUCCCUGCGGGCGAAGGAGAGAGGCUGGACGGACAAACAGUGCCGGUUCCAGUUCCGCAAGAACUUGCGCCGCGUGGUGUCCCAGCUGUACAUCCGGGACAACUGUCACCCGGUCAAAGCCAGCCUGCUGGUGUGGGUCCAGCUGCCCCUCUGGAUCAGCCUGUCCCUGGCCCUGCGGAACCUCAGCCUGGAAGAACUGGCCCUGAGGCCGGAUCUGAUGACCGGCGGCGCUCUGUGGUUCACCGACCUCACGUCGCCCGACGCCACCUGGCUCCUCCCACUUUCCCUGGGCCUGGUGAACCUGCUCACGGUGGAGGUAUUUUCCCUCCAGAGGUCCGAGGCGUCGUCUAUUCACAAAUGGCUGACCAACGCCAUGCGAGGCUUCGCCCUGCUCAUGAUCCCCGUCGCCGCCGCCGUCCCUUCCUCCAUGGCGCUCUACUGGUUCUCCUCCAGCGUGGUGGGCCUGGGUCACAAUCUGCUCCUUCGUUCUCCCGCCCUCCACAAGCUCCUGAAAGUUCCCAGCAGACGCUCAGACACGCCGUACAGAGACCUGCUGGCCGCCCUGGUGGCCAAGUACUGCAAGUAAACUGGAACAUUUUCCUGCUGGACUCGCUGACCCCGAGCUAGAACUUCAUUUCCUGUCCACUGCAGACAAUACAAAUCUACUGUGGACCCUCAAACAUUUCCUGUUUUCCUACUUACUGUUUUUGUUUCCUGUACAAAGUGUGGAAGCUCCUCUGCAACUAAACAAUCACCCAACAGUGAGUCAUAAUCACGAGACAACAAGAUGAAAUGAUGAGAUAAAAAGUAAUAAUUAUGAGAUAAAAAGAUGAAAUGAGGUAAGUCUUAAAUAUGAGAUAAAAAGUUGAAAUGAGAUGAAAAAUCUAUCUCAUCAUUUUUACUUUGUAUCUCAUAGCUAUGACUUUCUCAUAAAUUUCAUAAUUUUGUUUUUUGAUCUGAUUGACUUGAUUUAAUUUUAACUUCUGAUCUCAUCAUUGUAACUUUCUCAUAGUUGACUUACUAAUAAUUUUGACUUCUGAUCUCAUAAUUUUAAUUUAUCUCAGUUAUGACUUCUCAUAAUUAUGACUUUUAUUUCAUAAUGUUGAGUGUUGCUCUGAUAAUUAUGACUUUUGAUUUAAUAAUUAAAACUUCUGAUCUCAUAAUUUUAACUUAUCUUAGUUAUGACUUCUCAUAAUUAUGACUUAUUUCAUGUUGAGUGUUGAUCUGAUAAUUAUGACUUGAUUGAAUAAUUGACUUUAGAUUUAAUAAUUAUGACUUGAUCUGAUAACUAUGUCUUUUGAUCUGAUAAUUAUGACUUGAUCUUAUAAUUAUGACUUUUGAACUGAUGAUUAUGACUUGUGAUUUGAUAAUUAUGACUUCUGAUCUGAUAAUUAUGACUUUUGAUUUAAUAAUUAAGACUACUGAUCUCAUCAUUUUGACUUUUUAUCUCAUAGUUGACUUUGUCAUAAUUUUGACUUUUGAUCUCUGAAUUAUGACUUGAUUGAAUAAUGACUUUUGAUCUGAUAUGGCUUUUGAUUGAAUAGUGACUUUAGAUUUAAUAAUUAUGACUUCAUCUGAUAUGACUUUUGAUCACACAAUUAUGACUUUUGAUCUGACAAUUAUGACUUGAUCUCAUAAUUAUGACUUGAUCUGAUAAUUAUGACUUUUGAACUUAUAAUUAUGACUUUUGAUCUCAUAAUUAUGACUUUUGUUCUGAUAAUUAUGACUUUUGAUUUAUUAAUUAAGACUCCUGAUCUCAUAAUUUUGACUUUUUAUCUCAUAGUUGACUUUGUAAUAAUUUUGACUUUUGAUCUCUGAAUUAUGACUUGAUUGAAUAAUUAUGACUUUUGAUCUGAUAUGACUUUUGAUUGAAUAAUUAUGACUUUUUAUUGAUUUGUGACUUUAGAUUAAAUUAUGACUUGAUCUGAUAUGACUUGAUCACAUAAUUAUGACUUUUGAUCUUAUAAUUAUGACUAUCUGAUAAUUAUGACUUUUGAUCUCAUAAUUGACUUUUGAUCUCAUAAUUAUGACUUGAUUUAAUCAUGACUUGAUGUAAGAAUUUUGACUUGAUCUGAUUAUGACUUUUGAUUUGAUCAUUAUGACUUGAUUUAAUAAUUUUGACCUUUGAUCUGAUAAUUAUGAUUUGAUCUUGUAAUUAUUACUUUUUAUCUGAUCAUUGACUUCUCAUAACUAUGACUUUUAUUUCAUAAUUGUCAGUGUUGAUCUGAUCAUUUUGAAUUUUAAUCUGAUAAUUAUGACUUUUGAUGUCAUAAUUUUGACUCAUAAUUAUGACUUAUUUCAUCUUUUAGAUUUUUGAUCUAAUCUUGAUUUGAUAAUCAUGACUUUUGAUCUCAUAAUUUUAACUUUUUAUCUCAUAAUUAUGACUUUGAUCUGAUAAUUAUGACUUUUGAUGGAGGAAUAAUUCUGACUGAUGUGAUAAAGAUGAGAUAUGAUGGGUGUAUUUCCAGAGGAGGCUGGAGUGUCCUGAUAAUAUUGUGUGUGCUGCAUGGAAUGUGCCUUCAAUAAAUUGCGUGGGAG